AUGUCAGAAAAUGAGAAUGUUUUUAUUGUGAUUCUCAAUUCAAUUCAAUGCAUUUCCUCUAAUGCAACACAAGAAGAGAAGCAUAAAGCCUUACAAUUUAUGGAAAAUUUUCAAAGAUCUAAUGAGGCGUGGAACGUAUCUACUCAAAUAUUGAGCAAUACCAUUGACAAUAACUUAGAUUUACAGAUUUUUGCAUCACAGACUUUAAGAAAUAAAGUAACUUAUGAUUUGUUUCAGUUGGAUUCAAUUGGUCAAUUGCACAUUAAACAAAUGCUAUUAGAUCUUUUAAAGAUUCAUACCCACAGAUUGGUUAUUACUCAAUUAUCUGUAGCUUUAGCCAGGCUAGCCAUUCAGAUGAUUGAUUGGAAGAAUCCAAUCCUAGAAAUUAUCAAUCAUUUGAAUAAUUUCCCUGGAACUUUGUUGAUAUUUUUCAAGAUUUUACCCGAAGAGACAUUGGACAUUGGUUCAAUUCCAUUAACUGAAGAUGAAUACAACUCAAGGAUACACGAAUUAAUCGAUACCAUAUCUGAAGACAUCUUAAAAUUUCUAAUAUCUUGUGUCAAUACAUUAAAGGAACAAAAUAAUUUGAAUACAGUUUCAAAAACUAAUACAGCUGUAGACAUAACUUUGGAGAGCAUAUUGCAUUGUUUAAGUUCAUGGGCCUUUGAAUUCCCAAUUGAAAAAUUCCUAACUGUAGAGCCCCUGAUUAAUUUGGUAUUUGACUCUUUGUUGAAUGGUUCAGAUAACAAUGAAGUCUUCGAAGCAGCUGUGGAUUGUUUAUGUAUUAUUCUAAAAGAGAGUAGAGAUUUAGUUAAUGAUGAUCUAAUCAUGGCCCUAUAUGGACAAUUGAUGAAUUUACAAUCGAACUUAAUACCUCAGAUUGUCACUUGUAAGGAUAAGGACCAAGCAGAAGAUGAAAUAGAUCCUGAAUUAUUGGAAAAUUUUACAAGAUUGUUUGUUGAAGCUGGUGAGGCUUGGAUUAUUCAUAUAUCUAAAUCCCCAGAAGUAUUUCAGCCAAUGGUAAUGAUAUUACUAAUGUUGACUUGUAAAAAUUCAGAUCUAGACGUGGUUGCUUAUACAUUCCCCUUUUGGUUUAAUUUGAAACAAAAUCUCGUUUUAAUUAGAUACAAAGAAUCCAAGAAAUAUUUCACAAACAUUUUUAUCGAAUUGAUAAAGGGAAUAAUUGGACAUUUACAAUAUCCAAAAGAUUCAUUUACUUCCAAGGAAAAUGAGGAUAAAUUUAAAGAAUUUAGAUAUACUAUGGGUGAUGUCUUAAAAGAUUGUGUCUCCGUAGUAGGUCCAGCUAAUGCAUUAACUCCUCCCUUAGAACAAAUUAAAUCAAAUUUAAACAAUACAUCAAGAAAUGAAUGGCAAAAUUUGGAAGCUGCAUUAUUCUCUUUAAGAACAAUGGCACAAGAAAUUCCAUUAACUGAAAACAAAUUUUUGCCACAAAUUAUACAAAUUAUAUGUAACCUUCCUGAGAUCCCAAAAUUGAGAUAUUCUGCUACAUUAGUAUUGGGACGUUACACUGAAUGGACUUGCAAACAUCCUGAACUACUUGAAAUUCAGUUACAAUACAUAUUCCGUGGAUUUGAUCAAGUCAAAAACAGUAUUAUUCAAGAUGAUAGACAAAUUUUAGAAAUUAUUACAGCAUCAUCACAUGCUUUAAUGUAUUUCUGUUCAGAUUGUUCAGGGUUACUAAGCGAUUAUAUAAAUCAACUGAUUGAUUUUUAUUUCAAUAUUCAAGAUAUCUUAUCAAGAGAUAUUGAGUCUCAAUUCGAGCUUUGUCAGGGAUUAAGUGCAGUGAUUAAUAAACAGCCUAUAGAAACUGUAGCUAGUACAUUUGAUAAAUUAAUUGAUGACAAUUUAACACAUUUACAACAUUUUAUUAUUCAAUGGAAAAAUUCACCAUCAAGUUAUAAUAAAUUGGUUGCUGAUAGAAUUGAUCUUUUGUAUGCACUUUUUGAAGAAUUAUCUCCUAGAUUUGAAUAUCCCCAGCAAGGUUAUGAACCUUUAGUACCAUGCAUUGAGAGAAUAUGGAAUACAAUCAGAGUUAUUAUGGUUGAUCAAGGUGCUAUGACUGAUACUGUUAUUGUAGAGAGGUCUAUGAAAUUGUUAAGGAGGAUUAUUGAAAGGUACCAUGUUUUUUGUGAACCUAUUCUUAGUACUUUAGCAGAUUUUUUAGUUCAGGAAUAUGCUACUACUGGUUUUGGGUCUUUAUUAUGGUGUUCUGGUUCUGUGAUUGUUAUUUUUGGUGAUGGUGAAUCGUUCCCUGUCUCUCCUGAAUUAAAGGAAGCUGUUUGGCAAUUUGCGUUAUCACAAUGUAGCACAUUUAUUAUAAAUUUUCAAAAAAUGGAUAAGAUUCAAUUAAAUAAUUAUUAUGAGGUUAUUAUGGAUUUCUUUUCCAUGGUAAGCGAUUUAGUUAUGUUUUAUCCAAAAGAAUUCAUUAUGUCUACUGAAUUGUUGGAUAAUGUGGUGGAUGUGGCAAUUGAGGCGGUUAAUAAAUUGGAAACUUUAGAUGCCUAUGUUUAUAUCUUACGUUUUCUAGAUGAUAUAAUAUCAUGGGGGUUUAGGACACCUCCAAUUUCUACUAUUUCAAUAGAGCUUGUACCUGAUGAUUGGCGUCAACAAAUUAUUCAAGAAAUUAUUGUUAACCGUGGUGCUAAUUUGGUUAAUUCGUUGUUUGGCGGAUUAGUUACUGUCUUUAAAGACACGUCUCAUUCAGAAGCAAUUAAUUGUAUAGUCAAAUGUUUUAGGUUGUCUCUUGAGGCUAAUGGAAAUGACUCAUCUGUCUGUGCUUCAUGGAUUGUUAAUGUAGUUAAUGAUUUAGGUAAUGUAUCAGAUAAAGAGAGAGAUAAUUUAUUAAAAUCUGUAACUGAUGGUCUUAAUGAAAGAAAUUAUAGAAAGGUUAAAGAAAGCAUUAGAGUAUUUAUAGAAUGGUUUUUAAGGAAAAAUAUCAAUUCUAGAGUUGAAUAA